GCUUAAAAUAGUGACGACAAAUUGCAGCAUGCUAGGAAUAUGAAAUUGAUGAAGAUUGGAUUACUCUGGAGAAAAAUCAAACAAUUAUUUAGACAUCGAUGCAGACUGGAUUUGGAAAGAGAGGUCUAAAUAACAACUCAAGAAAUGCGGCGUAUUCGUAUAAUUAGCCAUUAUUUAUGGAAAUUUACAAAAUACUCCAUGAAUCUACAAUUUUUUUCUCGCACUCAUCAAAUAACAUUUCCAUUUUUUACUUCUUUCUUUUUUUUUUUUUUUAAUAGUGUGCAAAUCUAAGUAGGAGCUGUAUAAAAACAUCUACUUGCCCACAAAAAAUUGCUGAAAUUUUCAAAGACAACUCCGAUGACUCUUCUUCAAUGGCUAAAGGAAUCAGGCCUCAGGCCUUCCUUGCUUUUAGCUACCAUCUUCGUAGCUCUGGUCCUCAGGUUUCUACUGAAAGAAAAACAGAGAACAAGAAACCUCAAUCUCCCACCAGGGCCUGGAAAGUUGCCCAUCAUUGGCAACCUUCACCAGCUCGGUACCAUGCCUCACAUAGCUCUCCAUCGGUUGGCUCACAAGUAUGGUCCGAUCAUAUUCUUACAGCUUGGUGAGAUCCCAACUGUUGUAAUUUCUUCCGUUAAUUUGGCCAAGGAAGUGUUCAAAACCCAUGAUCUUGCUCUCUCUAGCCGUCCUCAACUGUACUCAGCCAGAUACCUGUUCUACGAUUGCACUGAUAUUGCCUUCGCUCCUUACGGUGCUUACUGGAGGAAUAUCAGGAAAAUUUGCAUACUGGAGCUACUCAGUACCAAGCGAGUCCACUCGUUUGGCUAUGUCAGAGAAGAAGAAGUGGCUCGUUUGGUUGCUCGGAUUGGAGAGUCUUAUCCUCGCACCACCAAUCUAAGCAAGAUGAUUGGACUCUAUGCAAAUGAUGUCCUUUGUAGGGUUGCUCUUGGAAGGGACUUCUCACGAGGAGGGGAGUACGAUCGGCACGGCUUCCAGAAAAUGCUCGAGGAUUACCAGGCGCUGCUUGGAGGAUUCAGCCUUGGAGACUACUUUCCUUCCAUGGAAUUUGUACACAGCUUAACAGGAAUGAAGUCCAAACUCAUCAAAACCUUCAGACGUUUCGAUCAGUUCUUCGAUAAUGUCAUUAAUGAACACCGUAAUUCCGAGGGAAUGCUGGAGGAGCAAAAGGACCUUGUAGAUGUCUUGCUUGAUAUACAGAAGAAUGGAUCAGAUAGUGAUAUGCCUCUUACCAUGGGGAACGUUAAAGCUGUGAUCUUGGACAUGUUUGCUGCUGGAACUGAUACAACUUUCAUAACGCUUGAUUGGACGAUGACAGAGCUGAUCAUGAAUCCCAGGGUCAUGGAAAAAGCACAAGCUGAAAUAAGAAGCAUUGUCGGGGAGAGAAGAGUUGUGCAAGAGAGAGAUGUGCCUCAGUUUCACUAUAUGAGAGCUGUGAUCAAAGAGAUCUUCCGAUUACAUCCUGCUGUCCCACUUUUAGUCCCAAGAGAAUCCUUAGAAGAUGUUAUGAUUGAUGGGUACAAUAUUCCAGCCAAAACACGUAUUUAUGUCAAUGUAUGGGCGAUGGGGAGGGAUCCAGAACAGUGGGAAAAUCCAGAAGCAUUUCAACCAGAAAGAUUUAUAGGGAGCAGUAUAGACUUCAAAGGGCAAGAUUUUGAAUUGAUACCUUUUGGAGCUGGUAGAAGAAUCUGCCCAGGUAUUACAUUUGGAACAGCAACAGUUGAGCUUGCUCUAGCCCAACUUCUCCACAGCUUUGAUUGGGAACUUCCUCCUGGAAUAAAAGCAAGUGAUAUAGAUAAUACUGAAGCUUUUGGCAUCUCAAUGCACAGGACGGUUCCUCUGCACGUCAUUGCCAAACCACACUUCCAAUAAGGCAGAAAUGGUCAUAAUUCUGACAGUGUCACUCAUAUAUCUUGAAGACAGAGUGGAUUAGCUUAGUACUGCAUGGUCCGUUGGAUAUCAAAACAAUAAAGAUGAAUGUGACGCUUUGAAGAAGAAGAAACGAUUUUGCGAUUUUCUGUUGUUGUAAUAUUAUAAUAAGAACCAUUUGAUACGCUACGCAGGUGUACAAAGAAGUGGCUUCUCUUUUAUCAGUGCAAUAUGUCCUAAUUUAAUCAUCACAGUGAUGAUGAACUCAUCAUGACAUCAAUAUCUGUACCUUUCCUUGAUCUCAUCUCCUAUUAAUAAAAAUUGCAACAGAAUUCUCUUUA